CAGAGGGCGUGCUAGUUAUUAUUCUACUCUAUGGUUGUCCCAGUACAAACAGUCGAGCUCGAUCGGCCCAGUUUGUUUUGUUGUCUACGUCAUAGCGUUGAGCCGGAAGUGGCUAUUGUGUGCGUUUCAGCAUGGCUGCCGUGGAUGUCAGAGAUAACCUGCUGGGUAUAUCCUGGGUUGACAGCGCCUGGAUUCCGAUAUUAAACAAUGGGACGGUUCUGGAUUACUUCUCAGAAAGGAGUAACCCGUUUUAUGAUCGGACUUGCAAUAAUGAGGUGGUUAAGAUGCAGAGGUUAACACUGGAUCAUCUAAACCAGAUGAUUGGUGUUGAAUAUAUCCUGCUCCAUGCCCAGGAACCCAUAUUGUUCAUCAUCAGGAAGCAGCAGAGACAAUCCCCUACACAGGUUAUUCCACUUGCUGAUUACUACAUUAUCGCAGGAGUGAUUUAUCAGGCUCCAGACAUCGGAACGGUUAUUAAUUCAAGAACGCUAACAGCCGUGCAUGGGAUUCAGUCCGCAUUCGAGGAGGCAAUGUCCUACUGCCGGUACCACCCGUCAAAAGGAUAUUGGUGGCAUUUCAAAGACCAGGAGGAACGAGAUAAAUCUAAGCCAAAGACAAAGAAAAAAGAAGAAGCCAGCUCCCUCUUCCAGAGACAGAGAGUAGAUGCUUUACUUCUGGAACUCAGACAAAAGUUUCCUCCCAAAUUUGUUCAGCAAAAGUCUGGGGAAAAACCAAUACCCGUGGAACAAAUAAAGAAAGAACAGGAACCGCCUCCAGAAAUCAUAAAACAGGAGGAGAAGGAGCCGGUGAAAGUGUCUCAACAAGCGACAACCCCAAAGGGCCCUCCGGAGAAGAGAAUGAGACUGCAGUAGCCAGAAAUGCUACAGAAUAAUGGUUAUUAUUGAACGUUCCAGUGACUGAAUCAAGCGCCAUCAAAGCCACGUUUACUUUAAUAUUUGCUGCAUCAGGACCAGCUGAGCGCCGUUACACGCGUG